AAAGUUCUUUCCCUCCUUCCACUUUCUUCUCGCUUUUUCAAAAAUGGUCUUCAAGGUAGCUGAUGUCUCCCUCGCUGCGUUCGGUCGCAAAGAAAUCGAAAUCGCAGAGAACGAGAUGCCUGGUCUCAUUUACCUGAGGAAAAAGUAUGGACCUUCGCAGCCUUUGAAGGGUGCUCGUAUCGCCGGAUGUCUUCACAUGACCAUCCAAACCGCCGUCCUUAUUGAGACUUUGACCAUCCUCGGCGCUGAGGUCACCUGGUCGUCUUGCAACAUUUUCUCGACUCAGGACCACGCUGCCGCUGCUAUCGCUGCGACCGGCGUCCCCGUCUUCGCUUGGAAGGGCGAGACAGAGGAAGAGUACAACUGGUGCAUCGAGCAGACCAUCGCUGGCUUUGCUGGUGGACAACCCCUCAACAUGAUCCUUGACGAUGGAGGUGAUCUUACCACCAUCGUUCACCAGAAAUACCCCCAAUACCUUGCUGGUAUCAACGGUGUCUCUGAGGAAACCACCACCGGUGUUCACCACCUCUACAAGGCUUUCCGUGACGGCACCUUGAAGAUCCCCGCCAUCAAUGUCAACGACUCGGUCACCAAGUCCAAGUUCGACAACUACUACGGAUGCCGUGAAUCUCUCGUCGAUGGUAUCAAGCGUGCCACCGACGUCAUGCUCGCUGGAAAGGUUGCUGUCGUUGCUGGCUUCGGAGACGUUGGCAAGGGUUGUGCCGAGUCGCUGCGCUCUUACGGAGCCCGUGUGCUCAUCACAGAAAUCGACCCCAUCAACGCUCUGCAGGCUGCCAUGGCUGGCUACGAGGUCACCACAAUGGAGGAUGCUGCUCCCCGUUCCAAUGUCUUCGUCACCACCACUGGUAACCGGGACAUCAUCACCGCUAAGCACUUCCUUGAGAUGCCCGAGGAUGCCAUCGUUUGCAAUAUCGGCCACUUUGACGUCGAGAUCGAUGUCGCCUGGCUGAAGGCUAACGCUGUGUCUGCUUCCAACGUCAAGCCCCAGGUCGACCGCUUCACCAUGGCCUCUGGUCGUCACAUCAUCCUCCUUGCUGAGGGCCGUCUUGUCAACUUGGGAUGCGCCACUGGACACCCGUCCUUCGUUAUGUCUUGCUCGUUCGCCAACCAGGUUCUGGCUCAGAUCGCUCUCUGGACCACUCCGGAGAAGUUCCCUCUCGGUGUGCACAUGCUUCCCAAGGAGCUCGAUGAGGAAGUCGCCCGGGCUCACCUUGCCCAACUCAAUGUCAAGCUCACGGUUCUCUCCGAGACCCAAGCCUCGUACCUUGACCUGCCGGUCAACGGUCCCUACAAGGCCAACCACUACCGGUACUAGAAGGCUGUUGUGCUGUGUUUGAGAUGGCCUCAACGAGCCCUCGCCAACCAACGGGAUCUUCAACGUCCUACAUAGCUUAUAUAUCGUGGAUGUCGUGUUUUGUUCCGUGGAGACUUCAAAAGUCUAGAGGCAGGGAGUUCCUUCGUGGAGUAGGAUGGAGUGAUGCGUGCUGAUGGAAAGGGGACUGGAGUUGUUUGCAGUGUACUUUGUAUUCGUAGCAUAAGUAGGCCUCAACGCGCCUUUGUUGUGUAACUUGAACAGACUUGAACGCGGUCGGUGAAGAUCACUAUUCAAUUUCGAGCUGAUCUGCGAGGUGAUUUCUGGCCAUUUUAUCGAGAUCAACAAUCCGAUGGCAUCUUGACAUGAGCGGUCGGGAUGGCAUUGCCUCCACCUCUUUCGCAACAGCCCGCUCAUGAUGGCACAUGAAGUCUCUGCACUGGGGCCAAUCGAUCCAGCAUCGGUGCCCCAGGAACACGAUGAAGAAGAGAAACAUGCGCCCUGGAUCGUCCGCAAACUCAUCGGCUCAAUGACCGGGCGCCUCGUCAUGACUGGCUACGAGUCCCUUCGUGCAGCAGGCACAUCUAUCGUCUGUCUCUCUCCGUGGGGAGACUCAUCUCCCCUCAUGUUGCCCUGCAUCCGUUUCCGUGAUCUCGCUGUUCACACUGUGGUUGCCGCGACGGGUGGCAUGGCUGUCGUCGCUGCGCCGGUGCUCGGUUCUGUAGGGACGGAGGUCAUCUCUGUGUUUGGCGACACUAUCUUGGUCGAGAUUGGUCUGCACGCUGGUUUUGAAAUGACCGCAGCGGCGGCGGAUGAGCUUGUUAGCGAGCCCAUCAAGAAGAUUAUACCGAUCCACUCGAAGCGAUUGGAGACCACCGGCGUCAAGGAGCUGCUCAUCACCCUCAAAUACAAGAUGACGAUGACCGAUGCAGCUCUGGGCUACUUCCGAAGCAGUGUGCACAAGGACAAUUCGUUGUUUUCAACGGUGAAAGACUAUCUGGCCAUCGAGAAAGGAUGGUUCUCGCCCUACCUUUUUGCCAGUGCCCGACGGCCUAUUAUCCCCCGGACGAUGUCACCAGACGUCGUCUUUUGUCAUGGGCCUUUCCUUGAGGGCGACUACCAGAUCGGCAAGACAUUGCUAGCCGAAUCCGCGCAAGUGCUUGCAUUCUGCAAGCCUGCACCGGUGACUCCUGCAGAGACUCCUGAAGAGAAACCACAGGGCCUGAUACCCAAGCUGCCGUCCUUGACAAACAUGUUGCGCUCGCGGCCUGCUUCUCCUUCUGAACCGGAGCAUGUGCUAACAGCGCUCCCUCCUCCUCCGAAACCCCGACGGAUGGUGGUCGUGACUGUGGGACUGAAGCCACACCGAACGCUGUGGACCACCUCUGCUCGACCGGGCGAGAGUGUGAUAAAUUAUAUCCUUCUGAACGGAUGCCCCGCCAUCGUCGUGCCCGUCAAAGUGGGCGCCCCGUUGGUGGCAUGGGAUUCGAUGACUUUACAAGAGCUGUGGAAGGUUGAGUUGCCUGCCAGCGACUCUGAUAUCAGCGGAGGCAAGUUUGGGGGGAUCGUCGCCGUCUUGUUCGAAUAUCUUGAUCUCUGUGUCGAUUGGGACCGCGUCUCGAUUGGUGAAGAGGGCGUUUCGGCCGAGGUGGAUUCCCGUCAAGCUUUGAAGAAUGCCCUCGGCCUCUUGCUCGCUGCCACUGUUCGCAGCAAGGACAGCAAACAAGUCAAAAAAGAGAUUGACAAGGAACGGAGUGGCAUAGCGAUGUGGCGCAUCCCUUGAUUUGCAUGUCUUUUCAGAUGUUCAAAUAGAUAGCACACAGGCUUGCUGGGAGCUCAUACUUAUUACAUCAUCACGCAUCCUGGUCAAUAUAUGUCAACAAACGCGACACGGUGCACGUGGUGCGUUGGAAGAGCACAAUAAGCGCCAACAAACUUAGCGCGUGUCACUGUGAUGGGUGACAAGGUCACUAGCUCUGCUCUGUUCCCCGAGCCUUCCAUAGUCGCAGAAGUUUGCUCCUUCUGUUUUUCAUACACAGGGACGCAAGAAGAACCCAAGCCCUACCGAAACAGAUUUCUUUCCUCCCCAAUGUCAACGCAGCCAAGUACUACCACCCCCACACUUGGCUCCAGGAAGCGUAGUAGCAGCCCGUCUUCUCCGCAGCCUUCGAAGCGACAGAACACCGGCGCAGCUUCGAGCUCUCCUUCAUUCCGUUAUCCUUCCACACCCUCGUCCUCACGAACAACCAGUUUUCUGUCGUCAGACCCCGUGGACACUCCUUCGAACCCGUUCGGUAGAACGAAUGCCUGGAACCGACUGCAAGUCCUACCCCCGCCGACAUCUUUCGGAAAGCAUCUGCCAUUAAGGUUCCAACUCAUCCGACGCGGAGUACCUCGGCAAUCUAUCGAGGGUGUAUUCCGUAUCGUCCAGGUGCCGCAGAGUUAUACUUUAGUGCAUCUCAAGAGCCUCCUCGACUUUCUAUUCGGCGGCGCAUAUGGUCAGAUACCGGCGGACAUGGAUGACGGCGAGGACCGACGAUAUCUUUUCGAAUUGAAGAAGGAUGUCAAGAUGCUGAGCUCCGGGUUCAAGCCUGGGCAGAUGAAGUCUGCAACAACUUGGGCAUACUCCUCCACUAUACUCGAUCCCUUUCUCUAUUCCUCAAAUGAUGACGACGCGUCGGUUGUAAUUGUUGACGGGGAAGAAGUUGCGGAUGACGCUACGGACGAAGACAGGGACACGGAGAAAGAGCCCGAUACAAACAGAUGGAUGGCGGAAGAGGAUGUUACGAUCGCGCAUGUUUGGCCUGCUGGAGGGGAAACGAGCCGCGGCAUCGUCUAUUCUCACUCGCAAACAUUGCAAGUUCAUAUCACGGUGAACGCAUCUCCAAUCGCACCCCGCCGAGGGCGAGGAAAUCUGCCGCAUGUGUUCUCCGCCCGCGGGUUGGCUUAUUUGGAGCCGCUGGGAGAUGAUGAAAGGGAUCUCGAAGAAGAAGACGAAACGGCGUUACUGGACCCAUCAAAUUGGAACGACCCCGAGAA